UGUGUGCAUCCCAAAUGGUGCUUAAACAUGUUCGGUUAGCUCAGAUUGGCUGUUCUGGAGACUGAAGCCGAUUGAAAAAAAGCAUGAUUCAUUCAUUUCCAAAACAGACUUGUUUCAAGUUGGCGUGCUUUAGAGAGCUGGCUUACCUGUUGAUUGGUUUUCCAAAAUGGGUGUAAGAGGUCUUGAAAAGUUUGUUCGUACCAAAGUUCCAAACGGAUGUCCGGUGGUCAACAUCAGAAAUGAGAUAAGAAACUGCCAAUCUGAUUCGACGCCGGCGACGCUCGUCAUUGACUUCCGGGCGCUGUUUGAACCACUUUGCAACCCGGAUUUGGGCGGUGUUCUCUGUGGCGGCCGGUACGAGUUGGUGUACCAGCUCGUGGAACGCUUCUUGAGCCGUCUCCGAGAGCUGGGAGUGACGCUGGUGUUUUUCAACGAUGGACCCGUUAAGAACUCGAGGAAACUGGCCAGCUGGGCUGAAAAUCAGAAUCAAAAGUACGACAAAGAGUUGCGCAUCAUCGACGCCGUGGACAACGGGGAUGACGUGCGUACGCUGGCGAAACGGUUCCGCUGGGACAUUCCCAAUAACACGCAGUAUCCGGUGAAGAUCCUGGCGAAACGGUACGGCGAGUUCCGGGUGUCGUUGACGGGUGAUAUGAAGAAGGAAAUGGUUGCGUACGCAAACUCCGUCAACGCCUUGGCCAUCGUGACCAACAAUACGGACCUGUUGAUCCUCGGGGGAGGUUGGCGCUUUUGGUCGUCCAAAAAUUUGAACUUUGAGAACUUGACUACGCGAGAGUUUAGUCGCUCAGCGUUGCGCUCUCAUCUGGGACUGGAAGAUUCCGGAAAGUUGGCCCUGUUUGCGACGUUGGGCAGUAGCAAUGGCUUCCUUCAGAGUGAAGAACUGGAAUCGUUUGCCACUCGGUAUUUGGGAAAUUAUGAAACAAAGUUUUACGAUCUGGCUGACUUUGUGAAGCGUCCACAUGAAAAUUUGUUGGCGGAGAUUUUCGGAGAGAUGGCCGACGAAGGAGAUCUACGGGAGCGAUUCCAAGAGAGUUUGGAUUAUUAUGAAACUGAAUACCUUGAACAAGAACAACCCCCAUUAGAAGAUCCCACGUUGGAAUUCCUCAAGAACCACGGGAAGGCAUUUCUUCACAAGAUGUGGAUUGGCUUCCCGAUACAUUUUGCGCCCGCUUUUAUAGACUUUCGUGACGACGGUUUCGGUUCGGAAUACCCAAACCUUUCAAGGAAAAUCAUCCUCCGUGAAGCAGCCGUUGUAGUCUACCACCGCCGUGACCAACCGGAGCAUACCAGCCGGAAGCUGAUCCACAGAACGUCUCACGAGGAAGGUUACGCCGAGCGUACCUACGAGUUGGAGUUCCCACAGCACGUUGAACCGCCCACUCUGCAGGAAAUGCUUUCAACAGAUCCGGAAACCCAAAAAACUUUAGCCGCCACAAAGCUCAAACUGUACUGCUGGAUCAUCUCGGACAGCUUGGACCCUCGUCAACUGGACGCACUUCCACCAAAGCUCAUGCCGACGGUGGCCACAAUCUACUUCCUCGUCGAACAUCAGGUUGUGGAACCUUUCGAGGCGGAUCUCCUGCUGCAGGUGGCCUACGAGGUCGUGUUCAAAAAGUACGACUUGAUUAACAUUCGCUACCCACAAUAUCUGGACGGUCGAGCGUUUCGAGUGGCCUUCCUGUACAAUGCCAUCAGCAAGCACGUACUGAAGGCGCUGAACGUGGUUGGGUUGAACGCGCAGGAAUAUCCGGUGUAUCCGCAGUUUGACGGCGUGCGGUUCCACAAUCUGUACCGUAAGUGGGCCCGCGGGGAGCGUGAUUUGCAGCAGAUUCAGCAGUGGAGAAUCUAUGAGAAUGCAUUUUAAAUCAUGAUUGAAGUUAUUAUAUCAAAUGAUCUAUUGAAUAAGGACAUGUUAGGCGAAGCCUAACCGCCAGCAAUGUAGCAAUAUCAGUG